AUGGAGGAGGACUUAUUCCAGCUCAGGCAGCUGCCGGUGGUGAAAUUCCGUCGCACAGGGGAGAGUGCAAGGUCCGAGGACGACGCGGCUUCGGGAGAGCAUGAGGUCCAGAUUGAAGGAGUCCGUGCAGGCCUAGAGGCUGUGGAGCUGGACGAUGGGGCGGCCGUGCCCAAGGAGUUUGCCAAUCCCACCGACGAUACUUUCAUGGUGGAAGAUGCGGUGGAAGCCAUUGGUUUUGGAAAAUUUCAGUGGAAGCUGUCUGUUCUCACCGGCUUGGCUUGGAUGGCCGACGCCAUGGAGAUGAUGAUCCUGAGCAUCCUCGCGCCGCAGCUGCACUGCGAGUGGCGGCUCCCUAGCUGGCAGGUGGCGUUGCUGACCUCGGUGGUCUUUGUCGGCAUGAUGUCCAGCUCUACCCUCUGGGGAAACAUCUCAGACCAGUAUGGCAGAAAAACAGGACUGAAGAUCAGCGUGCUCUGGACCCUGUACUAUGGCAUCCUCAGCGCGUUUGCACCCGUGUACAGCUGGAUCCUGGUGCUCCGGGGCCUGGUGGGCUUCGGGAUCGGAGGGGUCCCCCAGUCGGUUACACUGUAUGCUGAGUUCCUUCCAAUGAAAGCCAGAGCUAAGUGUAUUUUGUUGAUUGAGGUAUUCUGGGCCAUCGGGACGGUGUUCGAGGUCGUCCUGGCUGUGUUUGUGAUGCCCAGCCUGGGCUGGCGCUGGCUGCUCAUCCUCUCAGCUGUCCCCCUCCUCCUCUUUGCGGUCCUGUGUUUUUGGCUGCCGGAGAGCGCGAGGUAUGAUGUGCUGUCCGGGAACCAGGAGAAGGCCAUCGCCACCUUAAAGAGGAUAGCCACGGAAAACGGAGCUCCCAUGCCUCUGGGGAAACUCAUCAUUUCCAGACAGGAAGACCGAGGCAAAAUGAGGGACCUGUUCACACCCCAUUUUAGAUGGACAACCUUGUUGCUCUGGUUUAUAUGGUUUUCCAAUGCAUUUUCUUACUAUGGUUUAGUCCUGCUCACCACCGAGCUCUUCCAAGCGGGAGAUGUCUGCAGCAUCUCCAGUCGGAAGAAGGCCGUGGAGGCCAAGUGCAGCCUGGCCUGCGAGUACCUAAGCGAGGAGGACUACAUGGACCUGCUGUGGACCACCCUGUCUGAGUUCCCAGGUGUCCUUGUGACUCUCUGGAUUAUUGACCGCCUGGGCCGCAAGAAGACCAUGGCCCUGUGUUUCAUCGUCUUCUCCUUUUGCAGCCUCCUGCUGUUUAUCUGUGUCGGAAGAAAUAUGCUCACUCUGUUACUCUUCAUUGCAAGAGCAUUUAUUUCUGGAGGCUUCCAAGCAGCCUACGUUUACACACCUGAGGUCUACCCCACGGCGACCCGAGCGCUGGGCCUUGGCACCUGCAGCGGUAUGGCUAGGGUGGGCGCCCUCAUCACCCCGUUCAUCGCUCAGGUGAUGCUGGAAUCAUCCGUGUACCUGACGCUGGCCGUUUACAGUGGCUGCUGCCUCCUGGCUGCCCUGGCCUCCUGCUUUUUGCCUAUUGAGACCAAAGGCCGUGGACUGCAGGAAUCCAGCCACCGGGAGUGGGGGCAGGAGAUGGUUGGCCGCGGGGCGCACGGCACAGGUGUCGCCAGGUCAAACUCGGGCUCUCAGGAGUAG